AUGUCUUCAGCGUGUAAGACCCAGUACAGAUUACAGCCAAUGCCGGAGACCAUAGUGAAAAUUAUUGGAAGUAAACAUUUUCGAUACUUGGUGGAAAAGCCAAAGAUAAAGGAGAAUGAGAAGUUGAAGACAGAGCCCCAAACUACAUUCCAGAAACCCAGGGCUGAUUCUGCAAGACAGGUGAGCAGAGAGCUGCUAGGACCCACCAACUCUUCUGUUCAGCAAAUCACUGUUAACCUGGCUGGUAAGGAAGAAAGCAAACACCCAAGCAGCAGCCAGAGAGAGAGGAAUCAAAAGUUCUUAGUGGGAGUCCUCAGUGACAGAUUCCUGGGUAACAGUAUUUCCCAUGAAGCAAAUGCCCACUGCUAUUCUGCACCAACUGGAGACCAGUCUCUCUCCUAUAAACAUUGUCUCCAGAGAAGAAAGUCUACAGACAGGUCCUUGGAAUUUAAAGCAAAGGACAGUCCUGGUCAAGCUGUGGAAAUUGUCCAAAAGCCAUCUAUAAUGACAAGAGAAGAUUAUUUUCUAAUCACUAUGGUCAGAAGAGAACCAAAGUCACGCCCAUUGAGCUCCAGCCUGUUGGACAAACUUCAAAAAGAGCUGAAGAUUCUGGACCUCUCCUCAGGGUUUGUCCUCCAGUCAAAGCUGAGCCACCAGUUCCUAAGGAAUGAAGUCCCUCUGCACUUAUAAACAGUGAAGCUCCUCUGCCAAAGAUUUUCCAAAAAGGGUUCUCCAGAAAUGGUGAAUUAUGGAGAGCUACUUUGUUUUUUAAAAGAAGCAACAAAAGAUAAUUUACAGCAAAAAGGAACAAAUAUAUACAGAAACCCAAAGAUAACUCCAAGUCCCGGCCACCAUCAACAAAGCACCUCACCUCAAGAUUACGGUUUACUGUCUGAAGUGAACAAGAGCCUGCUGGAAAUUCUGAAGAUCGCUCUAAGAACCUGCCAAGGCAGAGUCAACACAGACAGCCUCAACCUGAGCCUUCAAAAUGAAGAUCGCUCACUAUCUGGCUGCCUCCCUGUUGCCAAGGUCAGGGCUGUAUGUGGCAAACAUGGAUUGUACCUAACCUUGACUCUGCUGGAAAUGUUGACUGACCACCCAGACUUGGGUUACCAAUGUGAAAUAAAGUGGCAGAACUUUGUUAAGUGGCUGAAGUGGGCAUCUUCCGAUUUGUUACAUGAUGUGCCAACAGGAAAGAGUGAAAAGAAAUGCCCUGCUGACUUGGCUGAAGUCCCUGAGAGACCCCAAAGCAAGGCAGAGCAUGUGAAAACUCCAAAGAAGAAUCUGUGGCCAGAACAUCCUGUGACUUCAGCUCGACAAGAGCCUGUGCAAUCCUUGAAGAACAGGUCAGUCUGCCAGCCUGUGAGGAAGGAGGAUGAAGAACCUGAGCUGUGGAUAGAUAGAUUCAGAAAGCUGGAAAAGGCCCUUUACCUGUGUGACCUGAGCAACACAGGAGUUCUGGAGAAGGAGCGAGCAAGACACCACAUUUACAACUACAAUCUUAUUUACAACUUGUCCCUGAGUCCUCAGAGAAUUGAACAAGCCUUGCGAAGAUUCCAUUCAGGAGGAAACAUAAUCUUGGGUCCAGUACUUCAGUACUUAAAGGAGCUGUGA